AACCCACGAAUAUUGGAAACAAUUAAGAUGGAAGGAGUCAUUACAAGAUCAAGAUUCAAAACUGUGUGUGUUUUCUGUGGCAGCAGUGCUGGCAAAAGAGAUUGUUACAGAGAUGCUGCACUUGAUCUAGCCCAAGAACUGGUGAAAAGGAAGCUGGAUCUUGUUUAUGGUGGAGGGAGUGUUGGGUUGAUGGGAUUGGUUUCGCAGGAGGUUCAUCGGGGCGGUGGCCAUGUUUUAGGGAUUAUUCCCAAGACUCUCAUGUGCAAAGAGAUAACUGGAGAAACAGUUGGAGAAGUGAGAGCAGUAUCUAGUAUGCAUCAAAGAAAAGCUGAAAUGGCUCGUCAUUCCGAUUGUUUUAUUGCCUUACCAGGUGGAUAUGGAACAUUGGAGGAAUUAUUAGAGGUUAUAACGUGGGCCCAGCUUGGAAUUCAUGACAAACCUGUGGGUUUGCUGAACGUGGAUGGUUACUAUAACUCGCUGCUUGUCUUCAUCGACAAGGCAGUGGAUGACGGAUUCAUCAUGCCAGCUCAGCGUCACAUCAUCGUUUCUGCCCCGAACGCCAAAGAGCUUGUUCAAAAACUUGAGGAUUACGUGCCGAUGCAUGAUGGAGUGGUGGCCAAGGCAAGAUGGGAGGCGGAACAAGUGGAGCUAAACGCGUCUUUGCACUCGGAGUUAGCCAGAUGAUAAAAUUACGAAUUUGGGCAUUUUAGUUAUGUUUUUUUUUCCUUUUCUAAUUGAAGUUUCUGAGGGUAUUUUGGGAAGAUUAUAAUUGUAAUUAGUGUGCUUCCUGUAAUUCCUUUUUAUAAUUGAAAAAUCCUAGUUUGCAAGACUUUGAAGGGUAAUUCAGUCAUUUUAGUUUGUUUUUGGAUUAAGGAAAUGGAAAAUGUAA